CGACGAGGGAUCGGAGAAGCAUGUGGCUUUGUUUUGGGGAACGGACGGAGGCAUACUUCAACGUGGAGCGGCACUUGAAUUACCCACCCAACUAUUGUUUCCAUCUGCACUUGCCUCUCCAAUCCUAUAUCUUUAAAUGUGACAAUCCUCCAUCGACGGGUACAUUUUCUGUCUCUCUCUCCGAUAGCUUGGGGAUUGCAAACAUCGCUCCUUUCUGAUACACAAUUAGGUGAACACUCUGUGCCUUCGAUUAGUUUGAUUGCAUUUUCGUCUAUUUUAGGGUUUUCUCAUUGCGGCCUAUCCCACUCGUUCUUGCCGAUCACGCCCCUUUCUUUUGAACGGGGGAAAAUUGGAAAACUUCGUCAGAACUUUUGUUGGGGUGCUUGAUUUUGAUUACAUGAGCGCUGCUCUGAGCCAUAUGGUAUCUCAGUUUUCUGUUCUAUUUGCGAUAUCUAUUCCGGUCAAGACCGGCUGAGCGUGCAUAUGAUGAACUAGAUGAAAUUCGCUGUGAACUACUGUUUCCCUAUUAUUACUAAGAAGGUCAUGGCUGGAAAGAAGAUAAUAGCAAUAUGUCAGACUGGAGGUGAAUUUGAGACUGAGAAAGAUGGUUCUUUGUCAUAUAGAGGUGGUGAUGCUCAUGCUAUUGACAUCGAUGACCAAAUGAAAUUUUGUGAGUUUAAGCAGGAAGUAGCAGAAAUGUUUAAUUUCAGUGCCAAUAGCAUGUCUAUCAAGUAUUUUCUUCCCAGGAACCACAAGACUCUCAUUACAAUCUCUAAUGACAAGGAUCUUCAACGAAUGAUUAAAUUUCAUGGAGAUUCAAGUUCCGUUGAGAUUUAUAUCUUCAUUGAGGAUGUAAUUUCCCCUGACAUGUCAAACAUGCCUGCCAGUAGAUCAAGCAGAACAACCUUGUCUGAAACAGUGGUUCCAAUUGAUGCCCCUCUUGAUGCUGUGGGUGGUGUCGUGGAUGACACUACCCAGACAGUAAUUCCACAUGAUGGUGCACUUGAAGUUGUUGAUGAUGCCAAUCAAGUGCCCCCAUAUUUGGCAAAUGUCAUCUCAAAUGACGAUAAGCAUGCCAAAGGAGCACAGCAGUGGCAGAAUGCCAUCACUGGUGUAGGUCAAAGAUUUGGCAGUGUUCAUGAAUUUCGGGAAUCAUUACGUAAAUAUGCCAUUGCUCAUCAAUUUGCCUUUAGGUAUAAGAAAAAUGAUAGUCAUCGCGUGACUGUUAAAUGCAAAGCAGAAGGUUGCCCAUGGAGAAUUCAUGCAUCAAGGUUGUCAACUACUCAAUUGAUAUGCAUCAAGAAAAUGAAUCCAGCUCAUAUUUGUGACGGUGCUGUUGCAACAACAGGGCAUCAAGCAACUAGGAGUUGGGUGGCUAGUAUUAUAAAGGAGAAGUUGAAAGUUUGUCCAAAUUAUAAGCCCAAGGAUAUUGUCAGUGAUAUCAAACAGGAAUAUGGUAUACAACUUAACUAUUUUCAGGCAUGGCGUGGAAAAGAGAUUGCAAAGGAGCAGCUUCAGGGUUCCUAUAAAGAGGCAUAUAGUCUGUUGCCCUUUUUCUUUGAGAAGAUAAUGGAGGCUAAUCCUGGAAGUUUGGCUACUUACGCCACAAAGGAAGACUCAAGCUUUCAUCGUUUGUUUGUAUCAUUUCAUGCUUCAUUGUAUGGCUUCCAGCAAGGUUGCCGGCCAUUGAUUUUCCUUGACAGCAUCUCUUUGAAGUCAAAAUACCAGGGAACAUUAUUAGUUGGAACUGCUGCAGAUGCUGAUGAUGAUGUAUUUCCUCUUGCUUUUGCUAUUGUUGACACUGAAUCUGAUGAUAACUGGCAUUGGUUCUUGCUUCAACUCAAAUCUGUGCUAUCAACAUCCUGUCCAAUAACAUUUGUGGCAGACAGAGGGAAAGGGCUGAAAAAUUCAAUUGCUGAGAUAUUUUCUGGUUCAUUUCAUGGAUAUUGCCUACGGUAUUUGACUGAGCAACUCUUUAGAGAUUUGAAAGGGCCAUUUUCUCAUGAGGUAAAGAGACUCAUGAUGGAGGAUUUAUACACUGCUGCCUGUGCAUCCAAACCAGAGGGCUUCCAAAAUUGUAUCGAGAGCAUCAAAACUAUUUCAGUAGAAGCUUAUAAUUGGAUCAUACAGAGUGAACCUCAACAUUGGGCAAAUUCAUAUUUUCAAGGUGCCAGGUAUAAUCACAUGACAUCGAACUUUGGGGAACUAUUUUAUAGCUGGGCAUCAGAUGCAGAUGAUUUGCCUAUAACACAAAUGGUUGAUGUGAUAAGGGGCAAGAUUAUGGAGUUGUUUGUUACAAGAAGGGCAGCUUCUGACCAGUGGUUGACUAGGCUAACUCCUUCCAAGGAGGAAAAGCUUGAAAAUGGAAGUCGGCAAGCUCAUUCACUUCAAGUUUUGUUGUCAGCUGGUAGCACAUGUGAGGUUCGUGGUGACUCUGUUGAGGUGGUUGAUAUUGAUCGGUGGGAUUGUAGUUGCAAAGGCUGGCAGAUGACUGGUAUACCAUGCUGCCAUGCCAUUGCUGUCAUCAUUGGCAUUGGCCGGAGUGUUUAUGAUUAUUGCUCCAGAUACUUCACUAUUGAAAGCUACAGAUUGACUUAUUCAGAGUCUUUACAUCCUAUUCCGAGCAUGGAUUUUCCAGCCUUAAGAGGCUCAGAACUUAUGGUAACUGUCACACCUCCUCCCACCCGACGACCACCAGGUCGACCUACAACAAAGCGAUAUGGAUCACAAGGCAUAGUCAAGCGUCAGCUCCAGUGCAGCCGAUGCAGGGGACUUGGGCACAACAAGUCCACUUGCAGGGAGCCAUUGUAGAGCACUAGACAGUGAGUGGCUGCAGCAUUACACCCUAAUGACAUAUGUUUGGUUUUUCUUUUUUUUCUUUUUGCUGAGCCAGUAAAUAUUCUUUUCACCAUUAGUAUCUACCUUCUUUUCAGGGUAUACAGAACAAUUUAGCUUGCUUGAGCUUGAUUUUAUUAUUGACUCUUCAGGGGCUGACUUCUUUCUUGCUAUUGUCUAUGAGAAAUAUUAGGAUGACCCUCAACCUCAACUAACGCAUUCUAGUUUUGGUUAUAUUGACAAAAUUUCAACGGGGAAUGGGGGAAAUAGGAUCUGUGCAAAACACCAGACAACUCUAUCGAUGGGACUAGAAAGAAAACCCUUUUAGAGAUACGCCUUUCUUUUUCUUUUUCCUUUUUCAAUUCCCCGUCUUUUGUUUGUUUUGGUUAUAACAAAAUAUGACUUUAGUUAUUGAUUCUAAUGCAUAAAAUUGUAAUUAUGUAAUGGUGGUUUUGUAGAAA